CCGACUCGUUCGCAAACGACCCAUCUCUAUUGGCUAGAAAUACUCUUCAAAGGGCAAAGAACGCAACAUUUUUAAAGGAGCUUUCCAUCAACAUAUACUAUAAUAGGGAUAUAGCUGAAGAAAACGGCUGUAGUUUAAUUAGCAAGAUGUAUAGACCUAAUUUGAUGUUUUUUGUUUUAUAUUUUUCACUAGAAUGUAUUUGCCGGAGCCAAAGCGACAUCUACUCCCUGACUUACAUCUACACUGCCCUGUCAAAGCCAGUAGAAUUGCCUGGUAUCCAUGAGUUCACUGCCAUGGGUCUGAUGAAUGACAAACAGAUUGAUUACUAUGACAGUGUGGCAAAGAAGAAGAUUCCCAAACAAGCCUGGAUGAGGGAGAAGCUGCCAGCAGACUACUGGGAAAAAGGCACUCAGUCACGCAAGAGCAAGGAGCAGUGGUUCAAAGUCAACGUCAACAUCCUGAUGGAUCGCAUGAGGCACAACAACACUGAUGUCCAUAUCCUUCAGUGGAAACAUGGCUGUGAGAUUGACCGACAGAGUGACGGCACAUUGAAAUUCAUAAAGGGCACAGACCAGUACAGCUACGAUGGUGACGACUUCCUGGCCUUUGAUGAUGCCACUAUGCAGUGGGUGGCCCCAGUUGUUCAAGCUCAGCCGACUAAGAGGAAGUGGGACGGGGUGCAGAUCCUCAACCAGUACACCAAGGGCUACCUGGAGAAGGAGUGCGUGGACUGGCUUUCCAAAUUCAUGAAAUAUGAGGACAGAGAAUUCAGUAGGGCUGAUUCCCCUCCAAAGGUCUAUGUAUUUGCUAAAAAGGCCAAAACUGCAGGACAUGUCCGACUGACCUGCAUGGCCACAGGUUUCUAUCCCAAAGAUGUGAUUAUGCAUAUUAAGAAGAAUGGUGUUCCAUUGACCGAACGUGAUGGAGUGCAGUCUACAGGAGUCCUACCCAAUGAUGAUGACACCUACCAGAUCAGGAUGAGUGUGCAGAUCCCAGAGGCAGAUAAGAAAACUUAUGAAUGCUUUGUCAACCAUACAGCAUUGAAGGAGCCAAUUGUGGGAAAAUGGGAUGGAAUAUGUUGUGAUUGCAGUAGUUUCGGUGCUGUAGUCAUUGAGGCAGUCAUCCCCAUUAUUGUAGUUCUGAUCUUGGUUUCGGUGGUCCUGUUUUUUGUUCUGCACAAAAGAGGGACAAUUGUGAUUCCUGGCUUGAGAACUAGAGCCACUUAUGAUGAAAGCAGAACCUCAUCAGACUCUGAUCAAGGCAGCCAGAACGCAGGGUCCUCAGACAGAGGCAGUAAGGAGGACGUUAAGAAGUCAAUGCUGCCUCAGGGAAGUGUCUAGAUGACCGUUGGUGGCCAAACUUCCUGACCGGACCAUGAAGGACAGUCAAUUCAUUUCAUAAUUUUAUAGUAUGGCGAGAGCUGUUUCGGUGUGGCCACGAGUCAUGACGGCAGUCAAAAUCCACAUGACCGUUUCGUCACGCGAAUUAGACUUCUCCAAGCUCUGAUGCUGCUGAUGGUCAUUAGUAGCCUACCAAACUGGCUAACUACUAUUGUCCCUUUAAUCACUCUGAGAUUAAUGCAAAUCUAAUCAAACACUUCAUGAGAGCCCAUGAGCUCAUGUUGCUCAAAUAUUUCUAUAGGCUAUGCAAUUGCGUGAGAAAAUAGCAUGAUGGUCAUUGUAAAAAAUAGGAUUCCAUCAGCUUUCCAUAUGCUAGGCCGACUAUAUUUGUCAACUAUCCUAGUAUUAAGCACAUUGCUUCUCUUUAAAACAGGAGUAUUGUCUACUGACGUAUUUAUUUCAGCUUCCCCUGUUUCCAUACAGGUUCAUGAUAACGGUCCAUUCUAAAUCAAAACAAAUUUCACACACAAACUAUUUAGUAUAUGUAAAGACAAGAUUAAAUCAAGAAUAGUCUGAUGGGUGACAAUAUUAGCCUAUCAGUGAUAGGCUGAUAUUGUCACCCAUCAGACUAUUCUUGAGUGAUAUACAGUGGCUUGCGAAAGUAUUCACCCCCUUGACAUUAUUCCUAUUUUGUUGCCUUACAACAUGGAAUUAAAAUAGAUUUUUUGGGGGGGUUUGUAUCAUUUGAUUUACAACAUUGAAGAUGAAAAAUAUGUUUUAUUGUGAAACAAGCAAGAAAUAAGACAAAAAAACUGAACAUUUGAGUGUGCAUAGCUAUUCAUCUCGGGGUGUUGAGUUUGCGCCAGACAUAGCGUUUAUCUUGAUGGCUGAAAAACUCAAUUUAGUCUCAUCUGACCAGAGUACCUUCUUCCAUAUGUUUGGGGAGUCUCCCACAUGUCUUUUGACGAACACUUUAAGCAAUGGCUUUUUUCUGGCCACUUCUGUAAAGCCCAGCUCUGUGGAGUGUACGGUUUAAAGUGGUCCGAUGGACAGAUACUCCAAUCUACACUGUGGAGCUUUGCAGCUCCUUCAGGGUUAUCUUUAGUCUCAUUGUUUUUUUAUAACCCAACCCUGGUCUGUACUUCUCCACAACUUUGUCUCUGACCUGUUUGGAGAGCUCCUUGGUCUUCACAGCGCGUGAGUUUGAAGUUUGGGGAAGAUAAUUUUCUCCAUAAAAAUGCACCUUUAUAAACAAACAAAAAAAGCAUUUCAUGCAUAAUCACCUUUGUCGUCACUUUUGAGAAUGGCGUUCUCCUGCUAAUGGAAAAUUUGCGCUGAUAGCCUACUGCCGUGUGCUCAUUACUGCACUUAUAGCCUACUGCCGUGUGCUCAUUGUUGCGCUUAUAGCCUACUGCCGUGUGCUCAUUGCUGCGCUUAUACUGUGAAGAAAUACCCUCAUAGUUGAUCAACAUUUUAAAUGUUCUCAUCUAUGGCUUCAGGCUCAUUACUGGAAACAGGAAUAUUUAGAUCUUGAAUAGAAUAGGUGAACUUUUGUAGUGAAUAGUAGUGAAUGUAUUAUGUUGUGUAUUUCAUUAUUUUACUGUUGCAAUUGGUGUUUCUUAGAGGCAUCUUUAAGGUAUUUGUAUAAUGCUUCAGGGUUAUAUAAGCCGAGAGGUAUAUGCUGAUAUGUUUUCAUACCUCUGGCCAAACAAUAUCUUGUUUUACGUUUCUGCAAAUAUAAGUACAAAUUAUUAUGAUGUUUAAUAUUAUAGAGCAUUGAUAAUCCUUAGGGUAUUUGCAAUAUUGUUUGUUAUGAUUGUUUAUCCUGGCCAAGAUGGGCAGCACCAAGUUGUACACAAUUAGUCAGACGACAUGAAAAACUAAAAGUAAAAUAGUAAAAACCAUUUAUGGUAGUGGCCAUAAUGAUAUCAUAAAAUGGCAAAUUAAAAACAUUGACAGGUCAAGGAAUCAGCCACAAAAUCCUUCAUCAAUGUUUUAAAAACACCAAUCGGGACAAGUUCUUCCAGUUUAAACUAUUUUGGAAGGUGUUCCAAGCCUAUGGUGCAGAAUAAAUAAAAGCCUUUUUAUCAAAUUCAGUUUGGACAUUUGGAAUAGUUGGCAAACAGUCUGGCAGAGUUCCCACCACAUUUCUGAAUAAUAAAAAUGCCCAAAUUAAAUGGUAAUAAACCCAAAAUGGCUUUGUAAAGUAUACCAGUGACUGAGCCUACGUGUGACUAGAGAAGGCAAGCCAACCCUAUUUCAAUCUAGGGCCCAUUUCAAAACCGUUCACUGGGUUACCAAGCUAAGACAAAGCUACACUCUUGAAUUAAUAUGCAGUGGAGUUUCUUUUAAUGUCACCUUGUAAACAUUGAUUUAUGGAGAACACAAAUAAUUCCAACAUUCAGUCUUGAAGCUCAAUACAAUUUUUUAUUUUUUUUAAAUCUUAUGCCAGAAACAUAGUCAGCGUUUUCUUAUGAAUAGGGACUCUAGGAUUAUGAACUUUAACUGUGGACUAAAUGCAUUCACAAAAUGAUUUCAUUCAUUUCUCAUGGCAUUAAUCUGUUACAAUUCACUAAACCACUGUUACAUGACUUAUUGCAUAUAUACAUGCCUACAGAUGUACACACACACACACACACACACACACACACACACACACACACACACACACAAUGCAUGUAACCUGUAAUGCUUUUGAAACAUCCUGCAUGAUUUGUUAUUCUGAAUAAAAAAAAACAAUUAUAAAAGCCA